CAUACCAGUCCUAUCUCGUCGUUCAUGCGGCGGCCGGAAGUGCUCGGCGCGUCUGCAAUAUCCAUACCGCAGUGCUUCCGGGCCUGGGCAACCUGGGCAGCUUAUGGACAAUACCGCGCGCGCGUUGUUGCUCGUCCUUGACCUGACCGGCGCAAUCCGAACAGACUGUCGAAGGAGAUUGAGGAUUCGCGAGGACACCACUGUGCAGCCGCAGGGAAGGACCCUGCCGGAUACAGUUCGGCGACGUGGGAAAGCACCAUCCACGCCAUCGACCAACAACUGCACAAGCUCGAAUAAUCAAGGCGAUAGCCACGGCUGAGGGAUGAUAGCGCCCUCCAAGGAGAAUCUCACGGUCUUUCCUCCCUUCAACAGCCACGGCAACCACGAUUCACCGAUAGACUUCGGCUUCGAGCGGGACAACACAAUGGGUGACACAUAUAUCAAGUCGGAGCCGAAUGACUCCUGGUACGAUCCGAACCAAUUCAUAAGCUUCCCACAAGGUCAACAACAACACUUCAACAACGCAUCCGGCAACAUGAAUAUGAACAUCAAUCCGGCCAGUCUGACCAACGGCGGAGGUAACAGUUUCGGAGGCGGCAACUCCGGCAUUGCCGACGACGAACUGCUCGACCUUCAGUUUGAUCAGAGUCAGCAGCAGAACGGUCGCUUUGACAUGAACCAAGGCAUGCGCAACUUCAUUCACCAACAACAGCAACAACAAGCCGUGCAGCAGAACGCGGGAAUGCAAGGCACUGGAUUGUUCUCCCAUACGCCUGACGGUGCACCCAUACAGUCACCAUUCACUCAUGCCUUUAACUUCGCACAAUUUCGGCCUGAGCAACAGUUCGCUGGCGGCCACAGCAUGCCGCAACAAUCCGCAAGCUUCCGCCCACAUGCGCAACACCGCCAGGUCUCCGACUCAAGGUCGCCAGCAACACCCAGCAUACAAGUAGCCGAAGAUUUUCCAGGAAUGCAACAAAUCCGUGGUCAUCGGAGACAGCAGGGCUCGCUAGGCGGCAACGGCUGGGAUAGUACUCCUAGCGGGCAUAGCUGGGGCGAGUCAUCACCCUUUCCAUCUCCCGCAAACGGACAGCCGAUGCACGCGCAGAUAUCCGAGGUUCUCAAGAACAAUGGGCACCACGGUAAAGUUGCCUCGUCUCUCCCUGCCAAGAUGGAAGGUAGUGGAAUGCCAAAUGUGCAGUCACAGGAAGCCAAACGCCGUCGGCGACGAGAGUCACACAACGCCGUUGAACGGAGGCGGCGCGAUAAUAUCAAUGAGCGCAUCCAGGACCUUGGCACGCUUUUACCGCAGCACAGACUUGAGGAUGAGAAAGUGCGCAAGCACUUGCAGACCAAUGCGCCGCUCUCUCCAUCAAUCACCAAUUCCGGCAUGUCUCCACCGGCCGCCACGUCACUGCUCGCUGGCCCGCAAGGUCGCCGUGCGACCGGUGCUGGCAACAUCACGCAGGGCUUGCCACUCGACGACAAGGACAAAGGUCCCAACAAGGGUGACAUCCUCAACGGUUCUGUCUAUUGGGCCCGCGAUCUGAUGUGGUACACGCACCUCAAACUGAGACAGGAAGAGCAGCUCAAGGAGCUUGUGCAACAGCUUGGCGGCAUAUGGCCGUUCGAGCAAUCCGAGGACGAGCGGCGCAUGCAUAGCGAAAUCUGCGAGGUCAUCAAUAAACAUGUCAGCGACGACAGCAUCAGCCAGUACACGCGCGGUCCCGGCUCUGGCUUGCGCGUCCCUGGUUUUACCACCGUUGCUGGAGAGACCCUGAACGGAGACGGCCAACCUGCAAACAAUGGCUUCGCUACGCAUCAGGCCAUGAGUCCAGGGUUCCAAUCCGGAGGCAGCGGAAUGAGCAGUGGCAGGUCCCAUCAGCAGCCCAACAACAACUACUGGCCCGGGGAGUUCAAGGAGGAAGACGAGUAUGGCAUGGAGAUGCAGUAGUGAACUCGGCAUUCCGGAGACCAUACCGUCGCAAGCCCAGCGACUGCCGCCUACAACAGCUUGUUCUUCGUGAACAUGGUGAAACGCUUCGUUUGCGUAGACUCCGGCUGCUGCAGUGACAUACAGCCAACUUGAUACAGAUCUCCCCACUUCGACCAUCUACCCGGCGUUUACGGCAACACCUGCGAUGAUUUCCGCGAUGAUACCACCCUUGAUCUUGGCUUUUGCGGGCCCCGCUCGUCUUUCACUCGUUUCAAGAUACCACAUCUUGUAGCAUUCCUGUUGGCGUUCGCUAUACCAGUGUAAUGAAGGACUCGGUUGGGCUUGUGGUUAUGGCUACGGCGUUGCUUGGGGAGUGCUAUUAGGUGGAGAGCAAGCAAUGCUGCUAAUGACGAUACACUUGAGAACUAUGCAUAUCAGGUACGGCCUAGACUGAGAACCCUGCAUUUGC